AUGGCUUCGCUCUCUGCUGAACCUGAUCCGUCAUCCAAUAGCAUCGAGGUUUAUUACCAGAAAUUCAUCAAUUCAUCAACGGAUUUGCUAUUUGCUCGCCACCACGGGCUACUGUUAUUACGUCAUUGCCUUCUUUGCCAACACACACCGAUACGAUCCUACCAUUCGGCACAGCAUCGCCGAUCGCCAGUACCUCAGCUCAGCAGCAGCAGCAGCAGUAGCAGCAGCGUCGAACUCCCGCUGCAAUGGGCUCUCUUUCUCUUGCUAUUCGAUUCCAACAAACAAUAUUCAACCAUUCUCGCAUUUGGCAGCGAGGUGCUAUCGGAGUUGGACGUGUGUUUUGCCGCAGUUCGAAAGGUUCGCGAUUCGCGUGCUUUGUUACUUCCUCGCGUUCUGGUGUACUUCGGGAGAUCACCCCGGGCUUCCAGUGGCUAUUUUAACCAAUCACACCACGGAUCCGAAACUACUGACACGGAUUAUUCAACACCAACCUGCAUUUUCCAGAUAUUCGCCAUGUUAGCCUGUUUGCUUAUCGUAGUUUCUGGUGAAUACUACGCACUUGAGGGGCACGAAGAAGUAGUUGAACACGACGCUUAUCCGAAGUACAAGUACGAAUACGGAGUCGAGGAUCACCACACCGGCGAUCACAAAAGUCAGUGGGAACAUCGUGACGGCGAGGUUGUUCUUGGUUCGUACUCCUUAGCUGAGGCCGACGGAACUCAUCGUGUGGUAACCUACAACGCCGACAACCACAACGGAUUCCAGGCUCAAGUGCAGCGAGUGGGACAUGCGCAGCAUCCGCACGGGGAAAGUUACUCGAAUAUCGAACAGGAUCAUUAA